AUGGAGUCCCAGCUCCAAUCAUCAGCCUUAUCUUCUGGCUCCUCUCGCGAUAAGGAUGCCUUCCGUCAAGCUGUUCGUCGCGGGUUUCAUGACUACGGUCCUUCCAGCUGUACCGUCAAGUCUAACGUCCUUAGUUUUUGGCGGCAGCAUCUUGUGUUCGAGGAGAAUAUGCUUGAGGUUGACUGCCCUUGUGUUACACCUGAAGUUGUCCUUGAGGCAUCUGGGCAUGUCGACAAGUUCACAGAUCUUAUGGUAAAGGAUAUCAAGACCGGUACUAGUUAUCGAACUAAUCAUCUGAUCAAGGAUUACUGUAAAGAUGAGCUUGAGAAGGAUUUGGCCAUGCCGGUCGACAAGGCUUCCGAGUUGAAAAAUAUUCUUGCAACUCUUGACGAUCUCUCCCCCAGCUUGGUGCAAAGAUAA